GUCGGAUUUUCUGAAAGUCCGUGGCUUUGAUGAGGACAUUGUGGGCUGGGGAGGCGAAGACGUGAUGCUGUACAGAAAAUAUGUGAGGAGCAACAUGAAGGUCAUUCGGGCCACGGAUCCUGGAAUCUUCCAUAUAUGGCACCCUAAGGUGUGCUCAGGAAGUCCAGGCGGCCAAAAACUCUCCGCCGACCAAUACAGGGCUUGCAUACGCUCCCGAGCCCUGAACGAGGCUUCACAUGCCCAGCUGGGCUUCCUGGCCUUCCGUGAUGACAUCGCAGCGAACGGGGGUGGGGACAAGUACCCCUCGCAUCCCUUGAAGCCUGUCAAGACCUUGAGAAAACCGAAGAUCAGCACUCAGCGUACAUAGCACAAGAAGAGGAAGAAGGCGUAGUGAAUUGUGACUUGAGAGUGUGAGCAAAGUGUGAUGCAGUUGAAGAGGCAUUUGAAAAAGUGAUUUCGUUAGGCUGAAAUUAAACUUGGUAAUCGUAACUGAUGGAAUCACAUUUUUAAACAUAUUCACCACCUUUUGUAGGCAACAGGAGGAUGUAAUGACUUAUUUGUUAAUUUCUGUAAUACUAACGUAUAGAGCAACAAAUAAACGCAAUAUGGUCACCAAGAAGGAAAGUUCAUGUAAACGCUAUACAGGGAAUAUUUAACUAAAUAACGGUUUUCUACAAGACAGUAAUAAUCAGCGGAAACGCACGUGUCUAUUGAUUUUGAGAACAAAAGCUUUUCUUGCAGCUUUUGGCAAAAGUAUUAUUCUUAUGCUCCACUAAGGUUCAUACACAGGGUGUCGAUAAUAAGAUACGAAUCUCUCCGAUGCGUAUUAGGAAAAAAUAAUGACAUGUGACAAAAUGACCCACACGGACAUACAGACCCCUAACGGACACAACUGAAAAUCUUUUUUUCUUAAAUAAGUCGAAUCGUAGUGUAUGAUUUAACAAAAUUUUGAGCGUCUAUUAAACAGAUCUGUUUUUAUAGAAAACAACAUUGUUGUUAUUGUUUCAGCACAUACCAGCGCUGUUAUACAGGGUGUAAAGUUAGUAGUGAAUCAACGGAAGUCCGGUGAUAUAGGGCCUCAAAGCCUGUCGAAUAGAUCCCUAUAUGUGUGGUCCGAAUUUCAGAGCUCAGGAGAUAUUUUCAAUCUUGUGAAAUUUCGAAAAAACGGGAUAAUGAACUUUCAAUCGCAAUUACAACUAAACCAUUAGAUUUAGGGCUGUGCUUUGUUCCCUAAGAUGAUCUAUUUGGUUAGUUUUGACAAUGGUUAACAGAGCUUAUUAGAAAUCAACGCAAAAAAUCUUAAAUUUAUUUUUUUGUGAAAAAUCUCUUCCAUCACUCAACUUCGGAGUGCGGCAAAAAAAAUUGAGGUUGUAUUUCAGCAUUCAUUUUAUUGCAAAAACCAUUUCAAUUCAUAAGUUCCUCACCUUAAAAAAUCUGUAUGUUUGACGCAGGUGGUAUCUUUACGUGUAAACAAGAAAUUCUAUUUAAAUCACCAUAAAGAGCGGCUAAACACAAAAGGUUGUAUACUUGUAGGUGGUGAGAAUUCUAUUGCGUUUCUUACGUUUAUCGCAUCACAACAACGAAUGUGACAUGAUACUCAUCGUAGGAAGCUGAAAUUUUCAGGGUUUAUUCUACAUGGAUUGAAAUAGUUUUUACAUUAAAACGAAUAAUCGAAUACAACCUCAAUUUUUUAUACCGCCCUCCAAGGUUGAGGGAUGGAAGAGAUUUUUCACUAAAAAAUUAACUGAAGAUUUUUUGCGUUGAUUUUUAAUAAGCUUUGUUAAAAAGUGACAUAAACGUUGCUAGAACAAACCAUUUGUCUCAUCUUUUAGUUUAGUUAUAAUAGCGAUUGAAAGCUCAUUAUCCCGUUUUUUUUUCAAAAUUUCACAUAAUUGUAAAUAUCUUCUGAACUAUAAAAUUUCGGACCACACAUAGAGCGGUUCAUUCGAUAGGUUUUGGGGCCUCUAUCACCCGACUUCCGUUAUCCACUAUUAACUUUGCACCCUGUAUAAUCCGGUGUCCUGUUUCCAUAAUUUUGAAAAUAUUUCUGUUCUCACUGUCAUAUCAUAUUGGAAUAAAGCUAAAAUUCUCAAAAACGACUCACGUAAAUAACAAAUCAAGCAAAUAUAAUAUUCUCCUUCUUCCAAAAAUAUUAAUUUUUUGUGCCAUAAUUAUACACUAUAUGAAAAAGACAUACAUUCAUACAAAUUUUGCCUCAAAACUAUUCCACCCUGGGCGAUCUAAAAAGAAAAUUCGACCUCCAGUAGCAGCCUCUAGAGACCUAUAUAUUCGUGGGGAGCCUGGAAAAACAUUUGUAUAUAUGCUUGAGGUCAUUGCCUUCUUUGUAUAUACAAGUUAAAUUACUGCUACCGAAAUACUUGUUUUUAAAAAAAACUUUAUUUCGAAUAACGGUACAAAAGGACUUUUGUGAAACCUUGUCACGACGAUGCGUAAAACAGGACGGUUAGACAAGAAGUGACAAGAUUUCCUCACACAUGGAUUUAGUACAAUGCAGUAGAAAUGCUGAUACAGAGGAUGUUAACAUGUGACCUUCAAGGUGCGAUAUAAGAUUCCAUAGCGUAGCGACAAUGCUAGCAAGAAAUGCAAGUACCCAGAUAAUAAUUAUAAUAUUAUAUAAAAUACAGGGUGAUGAUGGAUAUAACUUACAUAUACAUACAUAAAUACGAGAUAGUGUGUUAUCUUAUUUUUGUAGUAAGACUAGGCGAUUUUAAGAAAAUGUCUGUUAUACGUCUAGCUGCUACUGAAAUAAGCUGUACAAGACUUAAACGUGUUUGGCCCAUAAUUUUUGAUGCUCUCUACAAUAAUAUGUAUACUUCAUUUUGCCUCAACUGCAUUAGAGGUUCGUUUAGCUGUAACUGCAGAUUGGAUGAGAUUGAGGUACUAAAUGUUCCCCAAGAACUAAGAUAAUAAUGGUCAUUCAUUUGUUAAUUUGCUUCUUGUGAAUAAUUAUUGUUACAGUUCAUCCCAGAAUGCUGCGUAGUUACCAUUUAAUGAUAAUGAACGGUCGUAAUGAUUGAAAUAGAUACCCCGAAAACGUGAUAUUCCGUUAUUAUUUUUAUGCUAGUUUUGUGACUCAAACAGUACAUUGGAUAUUGACAGAAUGAACAGCUCACUUGACCCAAGAAUUCUAGAGAUAGGAUUUUAUACCCAGUUUGAUUUGAACAAAGCAUCAAAGACCAAUUACCUGGUUGUUCAGUUAUAGUUUAGAUUUCCCAGAAAAAUUCAAACAGAUCUUUUUAAGUUUUCGAGAAAAUGUGCAUUUGCCUAAAUGGAUUCCUAGAUACCAACCGUGAUUUAAUUGUAGAGUUGGUAAAGUAUUGACAGUUAUAGAAUGGGCAGAUUUUUCUAAAUAGGAUGUUUCAUCAUCUUGAUCGGUAAGAUUAGAAGGAAGAUAAUCGGAUAUGCUCAAUAUAUCGUUUGAGUCAUUUGCUUUCCGUACUUUAAGGCUGUUAAAUAAGGUCACAUCGAAUACCUACCCUUUCUGUUAUUUUUAAGACCUUUCCAAAACUUUUGUGAUUUUUUAAUCGUUAAAUUUAGAUAUGUUUAUAAAAACGCUUUGUAUACACAUAAAUGUAGAAAAAUGUAGGUAAUAUGAAAAUUGUUGAAAACGUCCUGGAUGUAAGAGAAAAAAAUCACCAAGAGUUUAUUGUAUGAUAUGUCAGCCA